AUGGACGAUGAAGACUCCACGGAAGAAGAGAACGACCAGGAUGAGGGAGCAAUUGGAGGAGACGAAGACGACGAGGAGACCCUUUCAUACACGCGCGCUGUUGCUGGAUCGAGGGCGGCGACCGCGAUGGAGCUCAACGUCGAGCUUACGCAGACGAAUGUCGGUCUAGGAAUGCCAAUCGAAGGGUGGGUGCGCGAGCAUGAGGGGGACAAGAUCGGGGGUGGUGCUGCGUGGAAGACGUAUGUGACCAAACCCGCAGGCGCGUCGCGGCGAAUGUCGGUCGUCGAUACUGUCAGAGGUUUAGUACCUGCCAUGCAUUCCGUCUACGCGGAGCUCGUGGACAGCAUGGAGGCACUUCUCAGACUUGAUGCCAAAUGGGACAUGGGGACGGGCGGACACUUGGAUAGCAAAAAGCGCCCACGCCUGGCGUCCAGCAUCACAACUAAGCGUGGGGGACCUCUCCAAGGGGACGUGCCGGCGGACUGGGGAGACAGGAUGACGGAAUGGUGGUUGGAUCUGCAGCCAGUCGAGCGCGGCGUCGUUCAGAACGUCGCGGACCUACUCGAGCCAAGGGCGGACAUGUCCUGGGGAACGCUUCACGCCACACGCGGUUACAAGGGCGCGUUUCUGCUUGUAUGGUGCAUGAUGUACUGGGCAAAGAGCGGGUUGUCUAUGGAUGCUUGGACGACAGUCGCUGGUGACAUGGCGCGCGUAUUCGCGGUUUUGCUUACCUUGCGUGGUGAGGAAGAGGGCGGGGGUGGGGGCGACGAAGAGGAUAGGGUUCGAAAGAAAGCCCGCGUAGAUACGCCCGCUGAAGACGAAGGGAAUCGUCAGAGAGAUCGAGGAACGAAGAAGCCGGGCCAGUUUGGAUGGCGCUGA